AUGCAUUCAAGUGCACAAAUUUCAGAAGUGACUGCAGUGGUUGAUCCACGCGACGUAUUUUGUAAUAAUGCGCUGAGUUUACAAAAAAUUAGUGUUUACGGUUUCGACUAUGAUUACACAUUAGCCGUUUAUACGCGAGCAAUCAACCAGUUGAUUUAUGAUCUUUCAAUGAAUCGCCUUAUUCAACACUACAAGUAUCCACGUGGUCUGCUUAGUGUGUCGUAUGAUCCAAAAUUUGCGAUCAGAGGUCUGCAUUAUGACGUUACGAAUAGUUGCCUUCUCAAGUUGGAUUCAUAUUCACAGAUUCAAAAUGGGACUGUUUAUCGUGGACGAAAGAAGUUGUCAAGAGACGAUAUUAUCAACAUAUAUGGCAGUCUUUCACUUUCUGAUGCAAAGGGUCGUGGCCUAAUGCAGUUAAUCGAUUUGUUUAGUUUGCCAUGGGCUGGUCUCCUUUCGACAGUCGUUCAAUACUUUGAUGAUAACGCAAUCACAUUCGAUCCUCUUUGUAUGUAUCAAGAUGUUGCGUCGAGUGUGAAAUAUGUGCACAUAUCUGGUGAGAUGUAUCGUGCUGUGAUAUCGGACUUAGAGCAUUAUGUGCACAAGAACAAUGGUUUGAAGGAGUAUUUAACGCGUUUAGUCUCGAAUGGCAAACAGCUCUUUAUGAAUAUUGAACAUUCAACGAUACGCACUGAAUCACUCUUGUUGUGCAUUGAUGAAAUGAACAGUGGAGUUUCAUCGUUCAGGAAUCGUGGGAUGUGUUAUAUGUUGGGUGAAGACUGGCGAAAAUAUUUCAGUUAUAUUGUUGUGAUGGCAAAGAAACCGGAUUUUUUCCAGGGACGUGCUCCAUUCCGAAGUUAUCACGAGGAAGACGACAGCUUAUCGUAUGAGAAAGUAACUUCGCUAGAGAAGGGCAAAAUUUAUGCUGGCGGUAAUAUCGCUGCACUCUCUCAACAAGCCUUGUUCCACGAUCGUCGAGUGCUUUAUUUCGGUGAUCACAUCUACACAGACUUAGCCGAUCCAAUGCUAAUGCUUGGUUGGCAUACGGCCGCAAUAGUACCCGAAUUAGCACGGGAGAUACGUCUGCAGAAUAGUCAAGAAUAUCGCUUGAAUAUCACAUGGCUGUAUCAUUUGACGUUACUCAUCGAAAAGUACCAAAAAUUCGGUGAUAAUGAUCCACAAAUUCGCAAAUUAAUUGAUGAAUGGUUCGACGAGACGGUAGAAGUAGGAGAACAUGUGAAAGUGAUGUUCAAUCCGCGGUUUGGUUCGUUAUUCCGCACGUUCACCAAUAUGACAUUCUUCUCGAGGCGUCUCAACCGUUUGUCUGAUAUCUACAUGAGUCGUCUGCCGAACUUGCUGAAAUACAGCGAUGAUCACACAUUCUUUCCACGUCGCAAUGCACUUCCACACGAAAUUGCGAUGCCUUUUGCCGCUUUAUCGUCGUUUGCCCACCGUCCUUUUAUCACAUGCAGCAAUUAG